CCCAGGCACACGGUACGCGAUGAAUUAUCUUUUGUUACUCACUCUAGAGCCGUAAACAUCUGCGGCUAGAGCAGGCAAACUGUCUUGUAGAAAAAAACAACACCAACAACAGCUAUAAAAUCACUCCGAAGCAAAAUAGAGACUAGAGAAAUUAUUACUACCACAAUCGUCACAGUACUGUGUUCAACGUCGACCUUUUCGUGUCGUGCGUGCGUUCCCGGAAUUUAUUCUAUUUCCUGGCAGGUUUAACACCGCCUACCUGCCAGUGAGCCGACCGGGGUGACUCUACCCUCAGGACCAACGUGUAGUGUGCUUUCUACACAAACAGAUAACACAGUUAUUCUCGAAAGUAUCGAUGAAACCUAUCUCAUAGUUGAGGCCCGUUACCUGCGCCCCCCUUUGUCUGUGUAGAAGUUUUGUUUUACGACUAGUAUUAGCUGUUAAGUAGUCGCAUAAGUUUCACCAUAAAAAAUGGCCAAGUUCAGUGGAAAGAAGUGCCGUCUGUUGACGGUCAUGACAUUAACGGUGUUCUUCUUCUUCGUGGAAAUCGUCGUCGGUUAUCUGACCAACUCGAUGGCCCUGGUAGCGGACAGUUUCCACAUGCUGGGAGACAUUGCCGCUCUUGUGAUCUCGUUUCUAUCAAUUAAGAUGUCACCAAAGAAAUGGUCUAAGAAUACGUUCGGAUGGGCUCGAGCGGAAGUACUGGGUGCGCUGGUCAACGCAGUGUUCUUAGUAGCGUUAUGUUUUAGCAUAACCAUUGAAGCCUGCAAAAGAUUCAUCGAAGUGGAACACAUACACGAGCCAGAGCUGCUGAUCUGGGUUGGUGUCAUCGGACUUCUAGUCAAUCUGUUGGGAUUGUGUUUGCUGCACAAACACGGAGGUGGUCAUAUGCAUUCGCAUGGCGGGCUGACACACCAGCACGGUCUAGGCUCUCACGGCAAUAUUACUCAUGUAGUCAAUUCGGAUGACAAUGAAAAUAAAUCAUUUAUGUUUCAGAAUGAUCAUCCUGUUACAAAAAAAGCAUCCCAACACGGGCAUUCCCAUGACGCGGGGCAGAUGAAUAUGCGUGGUGCUUUCCUACACGUGCUAAGUGAUGCCCUGGGUAGCGUCAUUGUGAUAAUCAGUGCACUCGUUGUUCGUUUUACUGAAUGGGAGUAUAAACUGUAUAUGGACCCGGCGCUGUCAAUCCUGCUGGUCGUUCUAAUCCUGCAUUCUGUCUGGCCGUUACUGCGUGAUUCGGCGUUGAUUUUGCUACAAACUGUUCCUACCCAUAUUCAAGUUGACGCAAUCCAGCGUCGGUUGCUGGAAAAAGUGGACGGAGUGCUCGCAGUACACGAAUUUCACGUAUGGCAGCUGGCGGGCGACCGGAUAAUCGCUUCUGCUCACAUUCGCUGCCGAAAUUUGUCCGAGUACAUGAAAAUUGCUGAAAAAGUAAAAGAAUUUUUCCACAAUGAAGGUAUUCAUUCGACCACCAUUCAACCAGAGUUUGUUGAAAUCGAAGCGCUCAAUAGUUAUUCGGGUUCUGAUGGGAUUUCGAAUAGUCUUAACGGUAGCGCUACACAGGAUUGCUGUGCUCUAGACUGCCCUACAACCGAUGAAAGUAGUUGUAUCAAAGCGACAUGCUGCCAAAAUAACAAUACUAUUAAGAAUCCACCAUCUUCGCCGACCCCUUCUCCCUUUUUGUGUCGCCAAAGAAAUUCCAGAGCUGGAAACGAUGUAGAACUGGGAUCACUACUAGAUCAAGCGAAUCCCACUGCGACGUCGGCCGAUAUGGACGGCGGUGGUCAAUCAAAAAUGACGGUCUGACAGCUGACGACGGGCAGUAGUAGUAGCAGUAGCAAAAUGCCGGACGUUUCCCUGCAGCAUCCGAUCAGUACUUCUUCCUCUUUCUUACACUAUUCUACCCAUCAGCUUCCGCUGUCAUCGUCGUCCUUUCAGAAGAAUUCUAACAAACGUGGUGGUAGUAUACGUGUGUGUAAGCAACCACUUUCCCCACUUGCAGGCUGUGAUGGUCGUCGUAUAAUAUUUAAUCCUAGCUGUAAUAACCUUACCGAUGGCGACUGUGCUCAACAGGGUUCGAUUGGUCCAAGUGGUCGCAUCUCUAGCGGUAGCAACGCGACGAGUCUAGGUGAUAAGUUAGGUAAACCGUCGUCGAGCAGUAUCGGUCAGCGGACUUCCUCGCUGACGUCGUCCCUAGCGUCUAUACGUUCACUGACGGCUGCCGCCAACGGCGACGGUCGCUUCGUAACCAAACCGCGACACUAUGGACUGCAGGUUGCCUCCAGCAGUUUGCUGGAGAACUACGUAAACGGUUCGGAAUCACCGCUGCGGAAUCUCUACUGCCAGUGUAAGCACCAUGCAGUCGCAGAGUGAACGCUGAUGUGAUCCGAAGUUAGACAUUUUGAGCGCGACGUUAAAUAGAUACUACUUUUUGCGAUGAGAGAGGACUAACUGUAUAUGUAUAGAUGUAGCUAGUACAAUAGAUUUAUUUUUGGUUGACUAUGUUUUACGGUGCAAUCAAGACUAGUUUGUUAGUAGAUGCUAAUGAAGAUUUUAUUACAUAAUACCCGGGGUAUUUUGUGUCGUAUAAAAUUGAACUUUAUCUCCCGAUUUGGGAAUUGAAUCGUUCGUGGUGCUUUUUGUUUAAUUCAAGAAAAAGGGGGGUUUCUACGAUUAUCAUCAUUUGUACAAACUGAACAUCGUUGUCUAUAUCUUUUGCUCGAAUCACAUACAAAAUUACGGAAGCCGUUCAUUAAGAUUGCAAGCUUCCGUUGGAAUCACUCUAGUAACGUGCAUAUUCUGCAAAACAAAAAUGCAACCGAACAAGGUAACGUUAAAAUUGUCAACAUCAUACAGUAACACAUUCGACACAGAAUAUAUAUUUAAUCCUUCGCUGCAGUUGAAACUGAUUGGAAAACGCCAAUAGCCUUGGCUUGGUUGAAACUGGUACAGUUAUAGAACAACUUUUUUGAUACACAUCUUUAAGUUUCCUAUUGAUUGACAACAGAUAAAGACUUUACACCAAUGAAUCUAGCCGGAGUGAAGUCGGAAAGACAGUAACAGUAACAGAAUGUAUAGAACAAAUGUUAAAACGCAUACUUAUGAAAAGCUAAAAAUAGAUUGGAUACCUUGAAGUAGCUACUUAUCUACCUUUAACAUGUAACGGUGUAUAAAGCAAACCCAAAAAAAGAUGUAAGUCUGUCGAAAGUACCGGUUUGUGUGUUGUUUUGCCACAGCUCAGUCGAGUAUAACAAUUUUAACAAAAAAAGAAACACGAAAAACGCAAAAUAUAUGAUAGAUUUGUUCUCCUAUGUGUCCUUCGAUUUUGAAAACCAAACAACAAGCUUAGAAGAUUAGGCAACGUUGUUCGAAUAGAUUUACUACAUAAAACAAAACAGUUAUUCCAAUGCGAAUAACCAAACAACCAACAAAUAAAUUAAUAUUUUGCUCAAAUACGAACUGUUUAAACUUAGCUAACGGUAAUUCUUACCGAACUAUAAGAUAAUAAACAAUCAUUCGCAUUUGUACCGGUUUUUAGAGGACAGAGAGAAAGAGAGAUGUACUAUAAUACAAUGCAAACCAAAAACGCUACAUCAUAUAGUAAAAAUAUAGUUAAAUCAAUGUUGAAGCAACGGAGGUUGUACAUGCUUCGACUAGUAAUUUUACUGUGCUGCUAUUAAAUGCGAAUCAGCAAACCAACAUUGAACCACACAAUUACUACACACAUUAACACGCUCUCACACAAAAAUGUGCAUUUUAAAAAGCAGGAGGUACUAUUUGUAUUUGUACUGGGAUACCAAAUUUGACGUUUGUGACGUUUUUCGAUGUUUGGAAAUCAAACUCAUUUCGUUUUUUGGAAGUGCUGCACGAUUGGGUAUGGAGAUUAGGUAUAUGAUGCCAAUUUAAAUGAACAGUACUAAAUUGCGCUAGCAUGUAGUCGAGUAUCAUAGGAAUGAGGAAACCCUUGUUUUUUUUUAAUGAUAUUUGAGAAUUAAGCUGAAUAGGCAAUCAAUAAAAGUAUAUAUAAAACAGAAAAGAACUUGGUG